AUGUGUCCACCAUCCGCCCUCGAGCAACUCAGCUCCAGCCAAGCACCAGGACAAGAAAUAUUCCCAAACGCAAGAACCGACAUUCCAGCCUGCGUUCCAACCGACCCCCUGUCCCUCGCAGCCUACGCAUACGUCCGCGCCCACCUCCACCCGCUCAUCCUUGCCCACAGCCUGCGCACCUACAUCCAUGCCAAGACGCUCUCCGUCGCGCCCGAAUAUGCCCCAUGGCACACCUCUGCCCACCUCCCACUGCUGUUUGUCGCAUGCAUGUUCCACGACAUGGGCACCUCGGCGGUAUGCGAUGGGCCACAGCGCUUCGAGGUCGAAGGAGCAGACGCCGCAGCCGCCUUUAUCGCCUCCCAUGCCCCCGACACGCCAAAGAGUGAUGUACACGAGGUCUGGGUGGCGAUAGCGCUGCAUACUUCGCCCGGCAUCGCCGAGCGCAUCUCCAUUCUUGCGCGACUUGUCCAUGGCGCGGUGCUUGCUGACUUUCACAUGUCGCACCCGGACGCGUGCGUGGACCAGAAGGAUGUUGAGGCUGCGGAGAGGGCUUUCCCGCGCGGGGAAAUCGAGAAGGUGCUCGGAGAUGAGGUCGCUGUGCAGGCAGAACAGGCUCAGCAGCCGGAGAGGAAGGCACCACCCGCGACGUGGCCUGGUGAGCUCUUGCGCUCGAAGAGGGAGAAUCCGGGGUGGGCGGGUGUGAACAAGGGCUUGCUGUUUUCGUACGGAAGAUAGGAAACCAUAAGCAUAGUCAGACAUGGUUAUAUUCUAUAGUCGUAUCGACAGAAAGAUGAAGAAGAUAAAAAAUAAUGUCGCCAUGCGCAGUUGUAUGCAGAUGGAUACCUGGAUAUUAAAAUGCCAUUGAGAUCUCAGACGUAGGCUGCUAGCCUUGGACUGAGACUGCUGCCUUUUAUUUCUCUUCUACUGCGGAUCAAGGGCCUGUUUAGAUUCG